UGCCUUUUCAUGUCGGGACAACUAAUGGGCAAAAUAGUUAUCAUUUUCUAAGUAGCACUAGGUAUAAUUGGCCUGAAAUCUCCAUCCACAGCCUGUCAAGCCAAAGAUAGUCUCAUAUUCUUCUCAAUAGAUAUGGCCGGUACUGUAUAUCUAAAAACCAACCGUUUUGAGGUUAAGCUAGAAGGCAUUACCUUCAAAGCAAAAGAUUUUGAAUACUUGUGCACAGAGGAUUUUCUUUUUCCAAAAGGUAAGGUUUGGGUUCGUCCACCCGUUGUUGGCAUUGAUGUUAUGCAUCACCCCCGUGAUCCCUCAAUAGUGUUAGUGCUGUUGUGUUUCGGUCUAGGUUGUGUGAUCCUCAGGUUUCAUUCGGGGGCAGAAAUCCCGGGUCCAAUUCACAAAUUUCUUACUGAUGAGAGAAUUUGCUUUGUUGGUUUUGGCAUACCUGAGAAGAGAGAGCUAUUCCCGUUUGAACAAUUAGGCUUGACAAAACAUAAGGCCGAUGUUGGUUACCUAGCUGCCAAAUUUUAUAACUCCCCAAAGUACAAGAGAUGUGACCUUGGAGAUCUGGCGCGGAAAGUUCUUGGGAUCAGGAGAAUGGUUGGGCUGGCUGAUUCUUCGUCGUUCGAGAGACACGAGCAGAUCAAAUGUGGGAUCAGCCAUCUGUUUAUGUCUACUGUUAUUGCCAUUUCAUUGUUUGGUGCCAUGGAGAAGAAAAAAGUUAAUGAAUCCCCCAAGAAAAGUCCUUUUCCAAUGAAUCUUUCCUUGCUGCCUCUAACUGAAGGAUGGCUCAAAAUGUUUGAAGGAAAAAUUCGCGAGCAGAUUGAUGCUAGGGAGAAAGACAGCAAUGAAGAAGAUGCUUUCGGUGAAGAAAUUGGUUGCCAAACCAGAGAUACCCAAGUUAACAUGGGCAAUGAGUUUGCUUCUGCUAAAGGUGAAAGGAUGUAUUCUUCUCGCGAUUAUCUUGUCCGAGCCAAAGUGAGCGAGGCGGCGGAUGAUUUGGUUACAGGAGAGGAGGACACGGGAAAUGAUAAUGAUUCUAAUAUGACAAAAAAACAGCCAUUGAUAGGGAUCUUUAAGCGCCUAUUUCCAUCAGGUAUGUCACAGUUUAAUCCAUGUCCUGAACCUGUUGAUCCCGACAAGGAGACAAUCAGCACACCAAGAAAGCCAUUGAAAGGGAUCCUAAAAUGUCCCUCCUCUUCAUAUGUGGAACUCAGGAGUAAUCCAUCUCCUUGGAGUGAUGUUUCCAAUAAGGAGCCAAACUACACCACUGCCAAAAAGCCUAUAAAAGGGAUCUUAAAGUGCCCGUCGUCUUCAUCCAUGGAACGACGUUUUGCUAAGCCCGGUUCCCCACCUGUAACUUUCAAGGAACCACAAAACACCCUGAAGAGAGCCAAUUCCAAGGGCCACAAUGUAAGGUUUCAAUGCAAUUAAUCACCUCUAUCUAUCAUCUAUGAAACCCAAAUCCCUUUUUGUAAUUCCCUUUAGGUAGUGGUUCCAAUGUGGAUUUGUAAUGGUGGUUCAUCAGCCUCUUAAGUUCCCCCUUCCCCCUUUCUGGUCAUUGGUAAUCUGCAGAACUAGGUAAGGAUCUGUAAGUACUAGAAUUCUGAUAUUCUAAUGAUACUAGUCCUCCAGUCUGCAGAUUCUGUUCCAUUUGGAGUCAAAUACUAUGUUGUUUGUGUUUUAGAGGAUGCACUCAAGGUUUCAAGUACAUACAAGAAUGUUCUUGAUAUUAUUGACAUCAUCAUGUAUUGACCUUGUGGUUUAGCCAAAGUUGGAUGAGGUGUUCCCAUAUAUGUACACAUUUAUUAUGUCCAGUAAACAGCUUCAAUUAUAAUGAAGUGAGGUUAAGUUUAUAUGUGAAA